AUGGCUACUCAACGUCUCGGCUCGCUCCUCUCACACCUCUCUCCCAGCAAGAGCGGGGUUAGUGCCAUCACUCAGAAGAAUCCUGACGAUGUUGUCAUAACGCUGGCAAUCCGGACGCCUCUUGCGAAGGGAAAGAAGGGUGGCUUCAAGGAUACGGAUCUGGACUUCAUCGUCUACAGUCUGUUGAAGGAGGUUAACAAGAAAAGCAACCUCGACCCCAAUCUGGUUGAGGAUGUGUGCAUGGGAAACGUCGGCGACUCCAAAGCCGCCUACAAAGUUCGUGCCGCUAUGCUAGCUGCCGGCUUCCCACACACCGCUGGCGCCAACAGCGUCAAUCGAUUUUGCUCUUCCGGUUUGAAGGCCGUGCAGGAUAUUGCCAACCAGAUCACGUUGGGUAGCAUUGACAUCGGCAUCGCCCUUGGUGCAGAGUCCAUGUCUGCCGCCGGCGACCGCCUCGAGAAACCUUUCCAUCCGGAUAUCCUCGCCAACCAGGAUGCGGCAGAUUGCAUGCAGCCCAUGAUCCAGACGAGCGAAAACGUGGGCAAUGACUUCAACAUCAGCAGGAGGCAACAGGAUGAGUACUCGGUAGAGAGUUUCAGGAGGGCGGAAGUGGCCCAGAAGGCUGGGUGGUUUGAUGACGAGAUUGUCCCAAUCACCACUAAGGUCAAGGAUCCCAAGACCGGAGAGGAGAAAGAGGUUACCUUGACCCGUGACGAGGGUCCCCGGUAUGGCACGACCCUGGAGUCGUUACUGAAGAUUAGGCCGGCCAUGCCACAGUUCGGAGACAAGACAACUGGUGGAAACGCAUCGCAGGUCACCGACGGAGCUGCUGCUGUCCUUCUCAUGAAGCGCUCCAGGGCUCUUGAACUCGGUCAGCCUAUUUUGGCCAAGUUCUGCGGUGCGACCGUCGCCGGUGUUCCUCCCCGCAUCAUGGGCAUCGGUCCUUCCGCUGCCAUCCCCAAGCUACUUAGCAAGUUUGGCUUGACCAAGGAGGAUAUCGACAUCUUCGAGGUUAACGAAGCUUUCGCCUCCAUGGCAGUCUACUGCAUGAACGUGCUCGGCCUUGACCAUGCCAAGUUGAACCCUCGUGGUGGUGCGAUUGCCCUUGGUCACCCUCUCGGUGCAACUGGUGCGCGCCAGAUUUGCACCAUUCUCUCAGAAGCCCGAAGGACGAAGAAGAAGAUUCUCGUCACCUCUAUGUGCAUCGGCACCGGACAGGGAAUGGCUGGACUUUUCGUCAAUGAAAGCAUUUGA